UUAAUUGGAUAAAUGAAUAAAAAAAUUAAGGAAUAAAAGAUUAGAGAAGAACAUCAUGGCUGCUUUCAAAGCUUUGAAGAAGGAGAGGAAGCUUUCAAAGCUUCCAUGACUGAUUCUUUCACAGCUUUCAAAGCAUAUUCAGAAGUCCCAUGCCAAACCCACAACCCAUCGGAACUCCCACGGCCAGAAAUCCAUAUCAAACCCGAUGUCUCACCUCCCCAAGCUCGCCGGAGGACCUCAAUUUCACACGCCUCCACCAGAACGAGCCCCGAUGCUCAUAGCGGCAUAGCCAUGAAAGCCACCCUGUCAAUCCAAACAGCCAUGGUUUCUUGUUUUGCUAUGCCAAUCUUAGCUGUGAAACCCACAGUUUUAGUCCAAACCCAUUGCCAUCAAGUUCCGAUCUGCCAAUCUGGACGCAUCUGAUGCUCAGGUAGGUGAGGUCCGUUUAGGGUGGGGAUGUUGGGGAAAGAUGCGAGGAAGAAGGAAAGACAAAAAAUUGAGAGAAAAAAAUGGUAUUUGACGUGUGAUUUUUCUAACCUUAGGAUUGUUACUUGCCACGUGUCUUUCAUCGGUGUAAAAACAUGAGAGAACUGGAGACGUAUAACGGGAGGGGAGCCGCCCCCUUUUUUUUUUUUUCCUCCUCUUCCUUCCUUCUCCUUUCUCACUUUCACGCCUAUGGGUCUCACGUUCGAGCCUCUUUCUCUGCUGCACUGCUGAUAUACAUACAUGGCGGUCGGUUCGGUUACACAUCGGAAUGCAAAACCCACAAUCGCUUGCCGCACCGGCCGUCAUCGGUACUCGCAGAUCGUCUCCGACCACCGCGCCAUACACCUGCGGUGAAGCUCAAAUGGGUGCGGUUCGGAUCAGUGCAGACCGGUUUUGUCAGCUGCGGGCAGAAUCUGAACAGGCCUAACAACAACUAAGUCACCACCACAAUUAAUUAAGGAAAACGGAUCGUUUGUAUCCUUUUCCAGUACUAAGGUCAAACCCUUGUCGGUAUUGUUGUAUCAUAAUUGGUUUCUUCAAAAAAAAAUUUAAGUAGGUUAGAUCGGUUCUGCCGUUUAUCUUUAAAAAAAAAAAAAAAGGUUAGAUCGGUGUUGUUGUAUCAUAAUUGAAAGAGAUUUCUUUUACAGUCCUAUUCCUAGUCGUAAACCUAAUCCUGGCUUCACAAAGAAAAAACAGUCGGUGUUGGGUUACUAUUUAUACCCUUCGUUUCUCGAAUUACAGAGACAGUUCUUGGAACAAAUCGAUCUCUCUAAGUCCAUCAAGCUGCGAACUUUCUCACUUGGGCUUUAAAGUCUGUCAAAUUUCUCAUCUGGGCGUGUCUUGGUUUUGAGAUCUGGUGGAGAUUUUUGUGUUUUGGGGCAAAGAAUUCAAUUGGGUUUUCUUGGAAAUUCAGUCUGAUCGCUUUGUUUGAGGAAACAGUAAAUUUUUUAUUUAGUAAAUGGAGAAGUCAGUGCUGCCUCUGCCUUCUGACAAGGACUUGAAGGACCUGAUAAGCCAGUUGCCAGAUGAUAUCCUUGUCCAUAUGUUGUCUUUCUUGACUUUGAAAGAAGCAGUCAGAACUUGUGUUCUUUCGCACAGAUGGAAAUAUCUGUGGCCAUUUUUCAGAGGUAGUUUAAACUUUGAUGAUCCAGAUACAAUGUGGGACAUUGCUGACGAAAAGAAAAAAAUGAAAUUUGAAAGGAAAAAGUUCAUAAAAAGGGUGAACCGUAUUCUAAAAUUACUCCGAGGCUCAAAUUUAGAUGAAUUCAGAGUUUGUUUUGAGUUUGAUAAUAAUUUUAAAGAUCUGAUUGAUGGAUGGGUUGACUUUGCAAUCUCAAAGGGAGUUAAGAGGCUUGAAUUGGACUUUUCACCAACAGAGGCAUGCGAAGGUGCAAAGAGUUAUACAUUUACACAUGAUCGUUUUACUAGCGUCGAAACUUCUGUUGGAGUAUCUUGCAUCAAGUACCUAACGUCCCUCACUCUUCUAUACGUAAAUGUAACUGGCAAGCUUCUUGAGCAUAUCCUCUCCAACUGUCCCCUGCUUGAAAGAUUAUAUGUCAGCCAGUCUACAGACCUAGUAAAUCUGAAGAUUUGGGGUUCAUCACUGCGGUUGAAGUACUUACACAUAACACAGUGUAUAUAUUUUAAAAGUAUUGAGAUCUAUGCUCCAAAUCUGGAGUCGUUUGGCCUCGUUGGUGGAAUAAAAGAAACGCAAGUUAAUUAUGCACCCCGUCUUCUAGACCUACACGUAGGAGGACCCAAACCUUUGCAGUAUGCAAUUUGCCCGCUGUCAAGCUACCUUUCUCAGCUACAGAGUUUGGUGCUGAACAUUUGGAUCUCUCGUAUGCAAAAAUUGGAACUCCCCACAAUUCAAACGUUAACCAAUCUUAGACACCUUACAUUGAGAGUUCUUGCAUCUGAUAGAGAAAGCCUCAUCGGUUUAAUACCACUGAUAGAAGCGGCACCUUUUUUACAGAAAUUUACGUUAGUGUUGUCAUGGGGUGAACCCAUGAUAGAUAGAGAAUUAAGGAAGGUGAUGAAACGUCCUAAUAAGCAUCUCAAGGAGGUGGAAAUAAUAGGAUUUGUGGGGCGUCCAAUAGACAUUGACCUGACUAUUUACUUGCUCGAAAGUGCCAUCAAGCUUGAGAAGAUUGUUAUUACUCCUCGUUGUCCGGCUCUUUUGGGAACCCCUUGGGAGUUUAAUCAGAUUGAGAAGAAUGAACAUGCAAUAAAAGCUGCCAAGCAGCUCAAGAAAUAUCUACCCCGUGGAGCUGAAUUACUUAUUCUGUAGGCAUCAUCAUCACUAAUAUAUAUGCAUACUACUAAUUUGUUGUUGCGAAGUGAUGAUUUUCUUUUAAUGUUUUUCAUUGUAUUAUUAGUUUUGUAACUUUCUGUUAUUUAAGUGAAUGAUGGGAAAAUAAGAACUUUAUUGUGUCUUAGUUUUGUAAAUUUCUGUAAAAAUUGAAUGAUGGGCAAAUAAGAAAUAGCUGGUGCUAACAAUCGCCAUAUCUA